UGCUACUUUCGCCCAAUUAGCUUUCAGAAUUUGCUGUUCAGGUAGUCAUUUCUGCUCCUCCGCGAAGAGAGUUGGAGCGAAGCGUUACAGAAUUGCAGAACGAAGCAGCAGUGUUGGUGUUCUGUCUCAGGAAGGACCUGUUCUUGUAUCACUGCCAUAUACACAGGAUCGAAGACUCUAAAGCAACUAUGCCUCCUCCCCUGCGCCACCGCUCCAUGCGUAUCUUCAUGAAUGACGAUCGCCACGUGAUGGCCAAGCACUCCGCUGUGUACCCCACACAGGAGGAGCUGGAGGGUGUGCAGAACAUGGUGUCCCACACAGAGCGUGCCCUCAAGGCUGUCUCCGACUGGCUGGACGAGCAGGAGAAGGUGGUCAAGUCUGAGCCAGACGGAACCGAGUCCGAUAAAGAAAGUGAGCCCAAGGUGUCGGAACAGGCCACACGGUCCCUGCGUGGGGUGAUGAGGGUGGGCCUGGUUGCCAAGGGCUUGCUGCUGAAGGGGGACCUAGACCUGGAGCUGGUGCUUUUGUGCAAGGACAAACCCACCAUCACCCUGCUGAAGAAUGUGGCAGACAACCUGGCUGUGCAACUCAAGACCAUCACAGAGGACAAGUAUGAGGUCACUCAGGUCAUCCGUGAAGCCACCAUCGUGAUCAAGAGCACCAAGGAGGCUCCCCUGACCCUGACUAUCAACAUGACGUCCCCCCUGGUCCGCGAGGAGGUGGAGAAACAGGCUGCCGGAGAAACGCUAUCAGUCAACGAUCCACCGGAUGUUCUGGACAGGCAGAAAUGCCUUACUGCCUUGGCGUCUCUUCGCCACGCCAAGUGGUUCCAGGCCAGGGCCAAUGGGCUGAGGUCCUGCGUCAUUGUCAUCCGUAUCCUGAGGGACUUGUGCUCCCGUGUCCCCACUUGGGCCCCACUGCAUGGAUGGCCAAUAGAGCUGCUGUGUGAGAAGGCAAUUGGCACAGGGAACCGGCCAAUGGGGGCAGGAGAGGCUCUGCGAAGAGUUUUGGAGUGUCUGGCUUCUGGAAUCCUCAUGGCUGAUGGUGCUGGAAUCUGUGAUCCAUGUGAGAAGGAUCUGACAGAUGCUAUUGGCCACCUGGACCUCCAGCAGAGGGAGGACCUCACACAGAGUGCCCAGCAUGCCUUAAGGCUGUCUGCCUUCGGACAGCUUCACAAAGUGCUAGGGAUGGACCCCCUUCCUUCCAAAAUGCCCCGGAAACCCAGGAGCGAGACCCCAAUUGACUAUACAGUCCAAAUCCCCCCCAGUACAACCUACGCCCCACCAAUGAAGAGGCCCAUCGAGGAGGAGGAAGGAGGGGAGGACAAAAGUCCAAACAAGAAGAAAAAGAAGUUGCAAAAGAAAUCCCCAGAUGAGAAGUCAGAGCCUCCCCAGGCCAUGAAUGCUCUGAUGAGGCUGAACCAGCUGAAGCCUGGCCUGCAGUAUAAACUCCUCUCCCAAACUGGCCCGGUGCACGUACCAGUCUUCACCAUGGCUGUUGAGGUGGACAGCAAGAGCUUUGAAGCCUCAGGCCCAUCCAAACGCACUGCCAAGCUUCACGUUGCUGUCAAGGUCCUCCAGGACAUGGGCCUCCCCACAGGUGUGGAGCUGAAGACUGCUGAGCCAGUGAAGACUGAGGUGGCAACGGCCAUUGUGGAGGUGGUGAAACCCUGCAUCACUCCCAUCGCAAUGGACACUGCAGCCACAGGGGCGGACAGCGUGGAGGCCACAGACGGUGCAGAGAGUGCUCGUCAACAGGGACCAAUCCUGACCAAACAUGGGAAGAACCCUGUGAUGGAGCUGAACGAGAAGCGGCGCGGCCUCAAGUAUGAGCUCAUCUCAGAGACCGGAGGCAGCCACGACAAACGCUUCGUCAUGGAGGUGGAGAUAGACGAACAGAAGUUCCAAGGGACUGGCUCCAAUAAGAAGGUGGCCAAGGCCUAUGCUGCCUUGGCAGCCCUGGACAAACUCUUCCCAGAGGGCUCUGUGACUGAGGCAGCCAAGAAGAAGAAACUCCCAAUGCAUGGGUUUGGCAUGAUGGGUGACCCGACUGGUGACCCGGCAGCCACUCCCAGGGGCAGAGGUAGAGGGCGUGGCAGGGGGAGGGGCCGAGGCUUCAAUAACGGUGGCAGCUAUGGACAAGGUGGCUAUGGAAGUUAUGGAUAUGGGAACAAUGGAAACUCUGGAGGCUAUAAUUAUUACAAUAGUGGAGCAAAUGGUGGAGCUGCAGCUGCUGGCACCGUUACUGAAGUCCCUGCGGCCAGCACUACAGGCGUGACAGCUACAGGAACCUACAGUUCAUACUACCAGAACGAUGGAGGCUACUCCAGCCCUUCUCCAGCCCCCAAAGCCCCUGUCAAAAAGGAGGCCAAGUCGACCUUCCCUGGACCACCAGGAGUUGGUGGAGGGGCCCAAGGGGCCUACCAGACCACCCCUGGCCAGAGUGCCUAUAACCAGUAUGGCCAGGGCUAUGGGCAAGGCAAUAAGACCUUCAAUCAAAACCAGGCAGGAGCAGGAGUUUAUCCUUACAGCACUGCCUACCCCAGCCAGGUGACGGGCAGCACUGUUGCCAGCCAAGACUAUAGUUAUGACGGUUACGGAAAUCAGUCAAAUUACAACGCACAGGCAGAAGCCAACCAGAGCUAUGGUGCUAAUCCAGCUCCAUACCACAACCCAGUAGGAUACGGCAGGGGAGACCCCACCAUGAACUACCAGUACAGAUAGACUGACUCCGUGAUGGUGGCUAUCCUGGUUUUUCCAUGUCUGCGUGCAUUUGGUUAUUUUUUUUUACUUUAAAGAAAUAAACUGGACUUAUUAGUUGGCAGCUCCCCACGGCUGAAUCAGUCUUUUUCAUCAGUUUGGUCAGUGUUCAAGUUUGUAUUUUCUUUGUAUGCACUCCACCAAUUUCCCCUCCCCACCAUCACUACCACUCAAAAAGAGGGAAUGACAUCUUUUCUUUUUUACCACCAGUUAUGAUUUUAUUUCUGUCCAUACACAAGUUAACUAUGUUGUUUUUGGCUGAGGAUUUGUUUAAAUUUUCAUUUCACAUUACAAUGGGUCUGGAGAACUGCUUGUUUGUUGAAGUAUUUGUUUGUAAUUUUAGACAUUUAUUUUUCAAUGUUUUACUUGAUGCAUUUCUGUAGUUUUAAUUUUAAUAAAUCAUUUUGGAAGUUUACUAGAAAUAUAUUUUAAAUGUCAAUCACAUUUCUGGUCAAAGUAGAUAUGGUGGUUAGGAUUAUUUCAUUUUUUUCUCAGAACAGUGUAUAAGAAAGUGGUGUUUGUAUCAAUAAAGGACUUAUUUUGGAGCAAAGCAAA